AUGCGCGCGACCAGCUCGUUGACAGUUGCUAUCCAGAUCUCUGUCGUCUCCGCCACAGAGCGUACGCGCAAGUGUCGAGAUAUCGCGUCGCGUGCUGGCUGGCGGAGAUCUUCCCGCCGGCUCGCGAACGGCCAAGUCCGAGAGCCUGUCCUUGCCGUUGAGUUCGCCGAUGUGUCUAUCGAUGCGAGCCGAGUUGAGGAGCUUAAGGUCUUGGUCGCAGGACUCCGAGGCUCAGUUACAACGUCAAAACGGUCCAGCGCGGACCCAACACCAGCGCUAGCUACUGUGGCACCUGGAAAACUCCAGGCCCUCGGCUGUGCGAAAGAAUCCUUUCUUGAGCCUGAGGUGCCCUUGCACGAGAGCUGGGGCGGUGCUGGCAUAUGGGAUCUCUGAGCCGUUCUGCGGCUUAGCGUUGCGCAGAUCCUGGUGCGCCUUUGCUGAGGACACCAUAUUCAAUUUAUGACACCUGCCGUUGAGAGCCACGACCGGCGUCACUCGGAUGCGCGCCAUGUCCGAUACUUCGCGGUCGCCGAGAUAUAUCAUGUUCUCGGCGCAGUCUUCUACGCACUUGCCUGUCGCUGAUCCAGACCCCCCGCGCGUGGCGGAGGGCACGCGUGUUGACGCGUUCACACGAGAUGUCAGAAGGUGACGUGCCUUGACAGCCGCUCAAGUACUGGAGCGCUGGCUCUCGCUGCUUCCUCGCAGACAAUGAACGUAACCGCACUGAAGGAGCGCCAUGUGACUAGCGAUUAUCCUAUGACACAGGUUGCGGGGCUGUCACGUU